AAACCCACUGACACAAAAGGGUACGCACUUCUUGCGGGACAUCCUCUAAAUCUCAAAACACUCACACUGCCCAAAAUUCUCUAGGACGACACAGAGCAAUCAUUUUGAAGAAAAAGGUUACUGAUCUGAAAACCAAAGCUCUCGUGCUCUUGUCGUUGAUGUUGGUUUUACUCUUUGUAAGAAGAUGAAAAGCUUGGCGAAUGCUGUUGGAGCCAAGACGGCGAGGGCAUGUGACAGCUGCGUGAAGAGACGGGCUCGGUGGUACUGCGCCGCCGACGAUGCUUUUCUUUGCCAAUCUUGCGACAGUUUGGUCCACUCAGCCAACCCUCUCGCUCGCCGGCACGAGAGAGUCCGUUUGAAGACGGCCAGUCCAGCGGCCGCGAAGCAUAGCAACCACUCACCAUCAGCUUCUCCUCCUCACGGAGCCGCGACUUGGCAUCACGGGUUCACUCGUAAAGCUCGGACGCCACGUGGCUCUGCAGGUAAGAAGAAUAAUUUGUCGACUUUUCAUGACUUGGUACCGGAAAUUAGUGUUGAGGAUCAGACCGACAGCUAUGAGCUUGAGCUUGAAGAACAGCUGAUCUGUCAAGUGCCGGUUCUAGAUCCGUUGGUAGCUGAGCAAUUCUUGAACGAUGUCGUUGAGCCGAAGAUCGAGUUUCCUAUGAUCAGAAGUGGUGUGCUGAUCGAUGAGGAGGAGGACAACGCCGAGAGUUGUCUGAAUGGUUUUUUUCCGACCGACAUGGAGCUUGAGGAGUUCGCUGCUGACGUGGAGACUCUGCUCGGUCGCGGGUUAGAGACCGAGUCUUACGCCAUGGAGGAUCUAGGGUUUUCUAAUACAGAGAUGUUCAAAGUCGAAAAAGACGAGAUUGAAGAAGAAGAAGUAGAAGACAUAAAAGCCAUCAACAUGGAAAUAUUCGAUGAUGAUCGAAAAGACGUGGAUGGAACGGUACCGUUUGAGCUAACCUUUGAUUACGAGUCGUCACACAAGACAGCCGAAGAAGAGGAAAUAAAGAAUGUUGAAAGUAGUGGUGAAUGUGUUGUUAAGGUGAAAGAGGAAGAAGGGAAGAAUGUUCUGAUGCUGAGAUUAAACUACGACUCGGUUAUAUCUACUUGGGGAGGCCAAGGUCAACCCUGGACUUCGGGAGAGCCACCGGAACUAGACAUUGACAUUAGCAGUUGGCCACCUGUUUCCAUGGGAGAAACUAAAGGAGAUCUAAGUCAUCAGAAGCAGUACGUUAGUGUGUGUUUACCAUCAAGUGGGUUUGGAGAUGGAGGUAGAGAAGCUAGGGUGUCGAGGUACAGAGAGAAGAGGAGGACGAGGUUGUUUUCUAAGAAGAUAAGGUACGAGGUACGUAAACUGAAUGCGGAGAAAAGACCACGCAUGAAAGGACGAUUUGUUAAGAGAGCCGCGCUUGCUGUUUCCGCUGCUGCAAAUUCACCAUUAGGUGUUAAUUACUGAAUAGUAUGAAUGAAUGAAUGUUCAUGUUAUAUCUCACUUUACAAAUUUUGGUGAGCUUUUUUUUCUUCUGCAACGACAGAAGUUGUUAAUUUAGCACUUAAUUGUGCUUUACGGACUUGGUAUAUGUACAUAGAAGUAACCAAUAAUGUGACUUUUCUUGUAUUAUAUGUAUAGCACUGAUGUAUAUAUUUGGUAAUAAGAAUGUGCAAAGUGGCAUUUUGAUU